AUGGCGACUGUUGCGGAGGAAAAUAACAUCAAGGCAACUAGGGAGAGAAGGGAGGUCAAAAGGAAAUGGGAAGCAUCAAGUAAAUUGACAAAGAAAUCCAAGGGGGAGAUGACAGAUACGAAGGCACRAAAUGGAGAGUUCACAAUUCCUCAGUGCACYAAAUGCAAUCGAAGACAUAGGGGUGAAUGUUGGGCAGCAAAAGUGACAUGUUUUCGAUGCGGAAAACCCGGGCACACAUCAAGGGAGUGUACUGAAAGCAAACUUUGCUAUGAUUGUGGGGCAUCAGGUCAUAUACGGUCUGAAUGUCCUAAAAACCAAAAGGGGACCAUAAGCAAUGUUAGAGUUUCAAGUAACGGGUCAGGAAGAGGGGCAGAGAAGAGGAAGGAACUACCUAAGGGACCAGGACGAGCAUACAACAUGACUUUSGAGGAGGCUAGGGAGUCUCCUGACGUCGUAUCGGGUAUGUUUCUUGUAAACAAUGUUUAUGCUCAUGUACGGUUUGAUUUGGGUGCAAAUGGUAGUUUCAUGUCUUCUACUUUCCGCCACUAUUUGAAUAAGGAUGCUAGUAGACUAGGGAAGAGCUAUACUGUAGAAACCGCUGACGGCAGUCAAGUUAAAAUAGAUGAAAUAGUUUAUGGGUGCACGAUCUGUAUAGAUGGUAGAGAAUUGCCUGUUAGGUUAAUGCCUAUGUGUUUAGGAGGUUUUGAUGUGGUUCUAGGAAUGGAUUGGUUAUCCGAAAACCAAGCACAAAUAGUGUGCCACCAAAAGAUGAUCAAAAUUCAAACCCCCGAAGGGCAAACAAUUCAUGUGUAUGGCGAUCGUAGAAAGUGUGGUACGGGGAUCAUCACAACACUAAAAGCGAGAAAGUGCCUUCAAAAAGGGUGCACUGCUUAUCUAGCGUAUACGGUCGAUGCUAAGUUAGAAAAAGGAACGGUACAAGAGGUACCAGUGGUAAACGAGUAUCCAGAAGUUUUCCCGGAUGAACUGCCAGGACUACCACCAGAACGUCAAGUUGAGUUUCGUAUUGACUUAGUGCCAGGUGUGGCUCCUGUUGCAYGAGCACCUUAUCGGUUAGCCCCAACAGAGAUGCAAGAGUUGAUGAAACAACUUCAGGAGUUGUUAGACAAAGGAUGCCCGUUGCCAAGGAUUGAUGACUUAUUUGAUCAGUUACAAGGAGCUAGCCACUUCUCGAAGAUUGAUUUAAGAUCAGCAACAUUCAUGGACCUGAUGAAUAGAGUAUGUAGGCCGUAUCUGGAUAAGUUUGUCAUCGUGUUCAUAGACGACAUUCUUAUUUAUUCGAAAAGCGAAAAAGAACAUGAGAAACAUUUAAGAACUAUUCUGGAACUACUGAUGAGAGAGAAGUUGUACGCCAAAUUCUCGAAAURUGAAUUCUGGUUACGAGAAGUGCAAUUUCUCGGUCAUGUGGUCAACUCGGAAGGAUUUAAAGUGGAUCCGUCAAAGAUAGAGGCCGUCAUGGAUUGGGAGUCGCCAAAAUCUGCAUCCGAAAUCCGAAAUUUCUGGGUCUAG